GACCGCUGAUGCUCGUCCAGGCAUCCCGCGGCCCUCCGACGUCCGACGUAUCUUAUCUGCCUCUGCCUCGUCAAGUGACUGACUAAUCUCCGGGCCGCGCGCCCGCGCCUUCGGUCCAGUGUUUUUCUAGCUCCCCAGGUGCAUGUAGAAGAUGGUGGCGUCCACCGUCACUCCGCCUCCAAACCAAAAUGACAUCACGUUCUUCUACAUCGGGCUGGGCCUCGCCCUCGGCUCCACGCUCUUUAUCGGAAGCAGCUUCAUCAUCAAGAAGAAGGCCCUCUUGCGCAUCAACAAGGUUGGAGGCGUCCGUGCCAGUGCUGGAGGCUUCGGCUACCUCAGAGACUGGAUGUGGUGGGCGGGUCUCUUAACGAUGGGUAUUGGUGAAGCUUCAAACUUCAUUGCAUACGCCUUUGCUCCAGCUGCCUUAGUAACCCCUCUUGGAGCACUGAGUGUUUUGGUGUCGGCAGUUUUAGCAUCCCGCUUUUUGAAUGAGAAGCUCAACUUGUUGGGGAAGCUUGGUUGUUGCCUGUGUAUUUUGGGUUCUACAGUCAUUGUAAUACAUGCUCCGCAUGAGGAAGAGGUUGAGAGUCUCAGUAUGUUAAUAGAAAAACUGCAAGAACCAGGUUUUCUUGUUUAUGAAAUCCUCAUAAUCAUUUUAGCAGUUGUUCUCGCAUGUUAUGUUGGACCCAACUAUGGACAUCGCUAUGUCGUUGUUUACGUCCUGCUCUGCUCUUCAGUGGGAUCGGUGACUGUCCUGGGAUGUAAGGGUCUGGGAUUGGCAGUGAAGGAAGCCAUCGCUGCUGAGGGUGACAAUGCCCUUGCCGGUGGGAUGACGUUGACAUUGUUAGUUAUAGUUGUUGCAUGCAUUGUGGUCCAAAUGAACUACCUAAAUCGUGCAUUGGAUCUCUUUAAUACUGGUAUUGUUACACCAGUGUAUUAUGUCCUUUUUACAACUUUCGUUGUAAUUGCUUCUGCCCUUCUUUUCCGUGAAUGGGAAAACAUGUCUGCUGUGGAUUUUCUCGGGAGUGGUUGUGGAUUUUUGAUAGUUAUUGUCUCUAUUGUUCUCCUGAACACCUUUAAGGAUGUGGAAGUUUCAGUGGCUGAUGUUAAAGGUUCUGAGUCCUCAAAUGGAGAAAGCUCGUCAGUGGGUGGAGAUGAGGGUGCAAAGUGGAUCCGCAUGAUGAGACCCAAACGAGAAUUGUUAUCAUCAGGUACACAUUCAUUCCACGCCGUUCCUGUUGAAGAAGAAGAUCCAAUAGGCCAAAUAAGCCGACAGAACAUUUUCAAAAAGUCUUCUUAUGGUAGUCCGGGUUUUACACACACCAUUUGACUUAAUUAUCAAAGGAACCCUUGUUAAUCCUAAGUGACAGUUUUUUGUCGUUCUCCUGAGUCUGAGCAAGUUCCGUCCUGUUUACUGUCUCUUAAUCAAACGGUGGUACUUUACCUGUAGUUUUUAAAUGUGUUGGCAAUAUUGUCAAUUCAUGCCACUGUGUCAUGAUAAAAUUGAGUCUGUUGUCAUAUUUUCUUCGUGAUUUUAAUUUUGAAAUGUAUGCAACGGCCUUCAGGCUUGUUCUGCCUGUAACUACUUAUAGUGACUGUUCAUCAUUAUUAUUAUUAUCAUCUUGUCAUUUUUAUGUUGCACCAUAAAGUCAACUUUGGUAUUUUUCCUAGUAGAUGUGUUCGUUUUAUGUCUAGUCUUAUUUAUUCAUGCAACAUUUUGUCCAUAUACCUCUACCAUUCUGCAUCUAAAUUUUUAAAAAAUAUUUUUAGGGUUUUAUUUUCAUACAAUAUAAUUUGUAUAAUUUGUUUAAUCGGUGACUUGCAAAUACCCCACAAGCGGAUAAAGUCAGGUAUCUUUUAAGUCUGCAUGCAGGGUGGCUUCGAUGACCAGAUUCAGCUGGCUUCAGGUUGCCAGGGUUUUUGGGAAGACUCUGUAUUUAGUAUAAAAAGUAUAAAGUUCAUCUCGUCUGUGAUUUUUACUGCAUAUUGGUAUGGUUUCAAUGUAAUGUUGACAUUCCAUAUUUUUGAAAAAUAAAACACUCCAACAAUCUUA